CCGAAUGGAAGCCGAAGAGAACCGAGUGAGCGCUGUGGAGUCACGUGACAGUCACGUGACAGUCACGGUCGUCAUUUCAAGAUGGCUCCUCUGGCAGAAGAACACUUCAGCUCACUACAGCUCUUGUUAAAGGCUCCAUCCAAAGAUGUUGUGCGACAAAUUUGCAUGGACAGUUUCCCGUCGCGAGCGCACGAGUCCCAGAGUCUGGUAGACAGCACUGCUCGAGCCCUGUCUGUGUCCAGCAGCGAGGCCAUGCAGGUGCUGACAGCAUUUCAUUUGCUUUCGCGUCAUGUGGUGUUCCGCAAUUUUACAGCACCAGAACAAAUCCAGUCUAUUUUCCCAGCCACAUUCCACUCAAACCUCAAGAAUCUCCUCACUAAGAUCCUGCUGGAACAAAGUGUGACAUGGAGAAAUGAGGCUUUGUCCAGUCAGAUCUCUUUGCCACAGCUUGUAGACUUGGAGUGGAGGGUGGACAUGAAGACCGCGUCUGACUCUGUGAGCCGCAUGGCUGUGCCUACCUGUAUCCUGCACAUGAAGAUCCAAGAUGGUGGCAACGUGAGCAGCAGCAGCACAAGCGAGUCUUCAGUCACUGUGGAACUGAGCAAAGAAACACUGGACACGAUGCUAGACGGCCUGGGACGCAUCCGAGACCAGCUCUCCGCUGUGGCCGGGAAAUAGGACCGAUCUGAAAUAGUGUCAUUAACAGCUCAUUUACAUUUACACAAAUGUACACAGCUACACAGCUCACACACUCGGAGGACUGAAAAAAUUCUGGGUAUGAAUUGAGACACAUGCUAGAGUCUUUGUAACAGUGUGUAACAGUCAGCAUCCCAAGCAGUUGGAUUUAUACAUUUAAAGAUGAACAUGUACUCUGCAGUUUUGAAUAUUGAAUGCAGUUUUUUUACUUCAAUUAAAUCUUAGAUUUCUCUCAUAUAUUAAUUGUGAGAUUGAGCUCAUAAUCCACAGCCAUUUCUUCCCCUCUUUACCGAAGGUGCCAAUAAUUCUGGAGCUGACUGUCUGUUUUUAACCUGGACAUUUAUGUAAAUACAUUAAAAGCAGUGAAUUUGGGAGAAA